GCAUGUCAUAAACAUCCUGCCUCAAAAGCGCAGAUGAGCUGCGGCAGCAGCAGCAGCGCGAGCCCCGAAAACAACGCGGUCCCUUCCGGCGGGUGACUGACCGACUGCCCGGUGGCAGCGGCAUGCACGUGGACGUGCGCACCCCGGGGCGAAGGCGCAGUCCCCAAAUGGCGGAGUGAGUGAGGAUGCGACUCCCCAGUUCCAUCUUUGUGUCGGUGUCUCUGUUCACGGCCGAGACCACGGCGGCGCUCUACCUCAGCUCCACGUACCGCUCAGCUGGAGACCAGAUCUGGCAAGGGCUCACGCUCCUCUUCACGCUCGUGCCGUCCGUGCUCGUGCAGCUGACCCUCACCUUCAUCCACCGGGACCUGAGCAGAGACAGACCGCUCAUCCUGCUGCUGCACAUCCUGCAGCUCGGACCCAUCGUCAGGUGUCUGGAGGCCUUCUGCAUCUAUGGCGGCGUGGGCCGUGUUGAGGAGCCGUAUGUCAGCAUCACCAGGAAGAAGCAGAUGCCUCACGGGGGCCAGUCGGAGGAGGUGGAGCGGCAGGUGGGGCAGGCGGAGGGGAAACUGUUUACGCACCGAGCAGCCUUCGCCCGCACCUCUGUCAUUCAGGCCUUCCUGGGAUCUGCUCCCCAGCUCACCCUGCAACUCUACAUCUGCGUCCUGCAGCAGGGGGUCUCCAUCGGACGAGGUACACUGAUGGUGAUCUCCCUCCUGUCCAUCGUCUACGGAGCGCUGCGCUGCAACAUCCUGGCCAUCAAGAUCAAAUACGACGACUAUGAAGUGGACGUCCGCCCCGUGGCUUAUCUGUGCAUCUUCCUGUGGAGGAGCUUUGAGAUCGCCACUCGUGUGGUGGUUCUGGUUCUCUUCAGCUCUGUGCUGCAGCUCUGGGUCCUGCCUGUGGUUCUGCUCAACUUCCUGGUGUUCUUCUUCUACCCGUGGAUCCUGUUUUGGAAGAGCCACUCCCCGUUCCCCGAGAACAUAGAAAAAACGUUGACCCGGGUGGGAACCACCAUCGUGCUUUGCCUGCUCACCUUCCUCUACGCCGGCAUCAACAUGUUCUGCUGGUCCGCUGUGCAGGUGAAGCUCAGCGACCCCGACCUCAUCAAUAAGUCCCAGAACUGGUAUCGCAUGGCCGUCUACUACAUGGUGCGUUUUGUGGAGAACGCCUCGCUGCUCCUGCUGUGGUACCUCUACAAAACGGACUUCUACAAGUUCUUCUGCGCCCCGCUGCUGGUGCUGCAGCUGCUGGUCGCCUACGCCAUCGCCAUCUUCUUCAUGCUGGUCUUCUACCAGUUUUGUCAUCCGUGUCGGAGGCUCUUCUCCUCCAGCAUGACCCGGGGCCUCUGGAACUGCUCCCGUCUCCUCUGUCUCACGUGCGACUCUGCCGCUUCCCCACAGAACGGGCAGAACAGGCCGAUGGGAAAGUCGCUCAGACCCACCACGUGCACGCGGUCGGCCCAGGACGCGGCCCCCGACACGGCCAGCGACAGCACGGACGACACGCCGAAUGACACGUCGUACGACAUGCUCAACGAUACGACUAAUGAAAACCCGAAUGAAAUGGGCAAUAAUACGAGUGGCGGCAUCAACGGUGACAUUAAGCACAAUGCGUCCUGCAACGCUUAGGAGCCUCACACCUUGUUGGACGUGCCAUCCAGAGGAGCGACUCGAUAGUCACCGCGCCCUUCUGUAACCUUCUAAGUGCCACAUGAAUCACUCCGCCAGCUCACACUUUGAAUCCUUGUCACGCAUCCGUCUCAACUCCUUCAUACCUGGAGCUGCACACUGACCACGCAUAGUGUUCAGUGCUGUGAGGAGAAGAAGAGGUGGUGAUGACCCGUCUUCAGCCAAGAUCAAAACCAGCCUUUUAAUCUAAAAAUCUACAAAUAAAAUCACGGGCCGCGGCAUUACUUCUGUAUUUUAGCGCGUGCACUUCUACGCUGCAUUACUGAUCACAAGGCGCCAUGCAUUUAAAUUGAUUGUAUUUAGUAUCAGCAUGGAGGUGUGCAUGUGUGGAGCCUCGAAUUAACGGCUUCGUUUUGUACGGAGUUUUCUUUUUUUUCCCCCUCUUGAAACUCCCCGUAGUGUUACGGCUGCAAGCAAUCAGCUUCUUUUUGUACUCCUCGAUAAGAGCUUUAUCAUUAAGACUCGCUGCUUCUGUGGAGGUGUUUGUGCUUAACGACGAGACGUGAAUCUCCACACAUUAGUUAAACGAACCCGAACCAAACACAUUAAAUGUAAAGCACGGACGUCUUCAGGCGCAAAUGUUUUUUGCACGUUUACAAAAAAAAAGAAGGAUUUAAGUGGCUUUGUUUUUAACUGUUGAGAAAGCACGUGGCGUGAAAUGCUUUUAGAUGUAUUUGCAUUUUUUUUCUAAUUCGUGCUCGUUACGUCCGUCGGGCUCUUAAUCUGUGUGUCUCAUUAGUUUGAAUAUUUACACCAAGUGCACACUAAAAGUGAUUAUAUCUCACUGAUUAUGUUUGGAAUUGCAUCAAGUAUUUGUGCUUUUUUCAACCCUUAAUGUAUAAUUGUGUAUAUGAGAGAGAGAGAGAGAAUGUCGGUGUUUGUUUUUGCACCUACUCCUUUUUGCAACGCAUCUGCAGCGGGACGAUGACUUUGUGUAUCAAAUGAAUGCUCCUUAUGUUUUUGUACAACUUAGAUAAGCCCAAAAAAAAAAUAUGAAAGAUGUUUCGAAUACAUUGAACAUUUGCAUUCAGAGCAAAAUAAAAAAAGGCCUAUAAUCACACUUACAAAAUAAAUUUA